AUGCUGUCGAUUCUACAAUGCUGCCUUCCCCGAGGGGAGCGCAAGGGAAAUCGAUCAAAGAAGAUAGAAGACGCAGCAGCGCAAUUGGACACGCUCCCCUCAUGGAAUACCGGCAACAACAGCCUGACUUUCCAGGCGUUUGAAUGGCAUGUCCCCGCCGACCGGCAGCACUGGCGGCGGCUGCGACUCGCACUGCCGGGGCUGAAGGCCAUCGGGGUUGACAGUCUAUGGGUUCCGCCGGGGUGCAAGGGGAUGGAUGCGCAUGGCAAUGGCUAUGACAUUUAUGAUUUGUAUGACCUGGGAGAGUUUGACCAGAAGGGGGCAACAAGCACUAAAUGGGGCUCACGGGAGGAGCUGGAGGAGUUGGUGAAAGAUGCCCACGAGAUCGGUCUCGGUGUUUACUGGGAUGCGGUUCUAAACCACAAGGCUGGUGCGGAUUAUCCUGAAAAGUGCCAGGCUGUCAAGGUUGAUCCCAAGCGGCGAAACGUGGAGGUCUCCACACCGUUAGAGAUCGAGGGCUGGGUCGGCUUUGACUUCAACGGUCGCGGGGAUGUAUACAGUUCGAUGAAGUAUCGCUCGCAGCACUUUUCCGGGGUUGACUGGGACGAUAAAAGCAGAGAGAAUGCCAUCUUCCGCAUCCUCGGCCCAAACAAGAACUGGGCGCGCGAUGUGUCAACCGAGAAUGGGAACUAUGACUACCUGAUGUUUGCUGACUUGGACUUGUCGCAUCCAGAGGUACGAGAAGACUUGUUAAACUGGGGUACUUGGAUCACCAAGGAACUGGCUUUGGAUGGGAUGAGACUCGACGCUGCAAAACACAUGUCGACGGGGUUUCAGAAAGCUUUCGCUGAGCAUAUUCGGAAAACUACUAACCCGGACUUCUUCGUGAUCGGUGAGUAUUGGACGGGGGAUAUACGGGAGUUGGUGGGAUAUCUCGAGCAGAUGCAGUAUACAGUCUCGGCGUACGAUGUGCCUCUUCUCAACAAGUUCUCAACUCUUUCCAGGACCAGGGGGGCAGACCUUCGAAGUGUAUUCAAGGAUACUCUCGUCCAGCGCAAGCCCCAACACGCAGUGACGAUUGUCACAAAUCACGACACGCAACCAGGGCAGAUGAUGGACACCCCCAUCGCAGCGUGGUUCAAGCCCCUGGCGUACGCCCUCAUCCUCCUCCGCAAAGAAGGCCACCCCUGCGUCUUCUACGGAGAUCUCUACGGCAUCCGCAAGAACGUCAAGACGCCAAUGAAGCCAGCCUGCAAGGGUAAACUGCCGAUUCUAACGCAGGUGCGGAAGGACUUUGCAUACGGCGAACAGCAGGACUAUUUCGACGCCACCAACUGCAUCGGAUUCAUCCGCUACGGAAACGCCCGGCAUCCCACCGGACUCGCCUGCGUGAUGAGCAAUGCAGGCCCAGCCACCAAACGGAUGUACGUCGGCCCAGGACACAUCAACGAGGAGUGGACGGAUGUUCUCCGUCUAGGAAGUACGGAUACGCCCUCCGUCAUCAUCGAUAAAUGGGGGUAUGGAGAGUUCCCCGUUGGCGGGAUGAGUGUGAGUGUGUGGGUUGACUCGGCGGCUGCUGGGCGAGUGAAUCUCCACGACGAAUUUGAUGUGAAUAUUUAUGGGCGUUAA